AUGUUGUCAGCCAGAGCUACGCGAUGGGCGAAGACGAGCUAUAACCACGGGGCGAUAAAUUGGUACGAUGCUGUGAAGAACCCACGAGGCGUGGUGGAAUUGAGCACUGCUGAAAAUUUUCCGAUGAUACCUGGUUUAGUCAAAUUCAUUAAUGGGCUUAGCUUCGACGAGUCACUCUGCGGAUAUGGAGAGUACUUCACAGGCACUUUGCGGCUUCGACAGGCCAUGGCGAACCAUCUCAACCAAUAUUUCGCGCCCGCGAAGCAGGUUGAUGCCGAGGAGAUCACCUUCGCGGCUGGGGUGACCCAGCUCAAUGAGGCUUGUGCGCUGGUCACCUGUAACCCGGAUGAGGGCGAAGCAAUUAUGUUAGGCGGGCCGGUAUAUGGCUCGUUCUCUCGUGAUUUAUGUAUGCGGACUGGUGUUGCCAUGGAGAUUGUUGCAGUAGGCGACACUGAUCAAUUCACACCGGCAUGUGUGGCGGCGUACGAAGCAGGUUUCGAAGCAGCGAAAAAAAGCGGCCGGAACAUCAGGGCAUUGAUGAUUUGCAAUCCCCAUAAUCCACUCGGCCACUGCUACCCGCGAGAAACACUCAUCGGGCUCAUGAAGUUCUGCGCGCGGAAGGGAAUUCAUUUGAUAAGCGACGAGAUCUACGCGCUCUCUGUGUACGAGAGGAGCGAUCGAGAGUUUGAGGUGUUCACUUCCGUGUUGUCUAUUGACACCGCGGGACUCAUCGAUCCCAACCUAGUCCAUGUUCUUUAUGGGAUGUCUAAGGACUUCGCUGCGCCUGGGACGCGCCUGGGAUGUGUGAUAUCAAAGAAUCGUGAAUUCACUAAUGCAAUCCGAGCCAUCUGUCGGUUUGCGGGCCCGUCUCAAUUUUCCAUGCAUAUUGCGGCCAGCUUGCUCGAGGAUCAAGGCUAUCUUCAAUCCUUCUUCGAGAAGUCGCGGGCUGGGCUGCUGAAAAGCCGUCUAUUGGCUGAAGCGCUCCUUUCCGAAGCUGGCCUGAAAUUUCACGCUGGUGGGAAUGGCGGGCUGUUCAUGUGGUUGGAUUUGAGCUCUUACCUACCCGUCAAAGAAACAAACGGGGACGGUUGGGCGGCAGAGAGAAUACUCGCGACGAGGAUGAUGGAUGCAGGUGUAAAAUUGUCAUCUGGUGAGACUUACCACUCUCCUGAGCCAGGCAGGUUCCGAAUGGUUUUUUCGGUCGAUGAGGGGACUUUAAAAGAAGGAAUCCGAAGGUGA